UUUCUCUAGUCUGUGUGCAUGCUAACAUGGUGCCAGCACAUCUGGGAUCGACAAGUGGAUCGUGUCCUAUCUUGCUUGGCAAACCGUUGGAACGGCAGUCUAUUUUCCGGGCUGGAGACAGUGUUGUGAAACACUUCUUCGGGGCACUCGAACGGGACAGGCAGGCCAAAUCGAACAGUAAGGGGCGGCGCACCUGAUGCGCCUAAAACCGCCGCCUUCAUGACAGAAUCAUACGGUCUCGAUGAACCUCGCACCCCUGGGUUGCGGCCCACAGAGAUUGAUUACUUACCAAAGGUGUCACCGCCUCCAUUCGAUACCGGGGAUCAAUCACCCAAGGGCGGUCUACCCAAGCACGAUGCAGAGGCACAGUUUCCGAGCAGUUCGCGUAAGCUGCCGGAAUUCCAAAAGCCCGAUUCAACUGAGGGCAACUCGGUGCUGAUCAGACAUCUAGAGCCUAACCGACCUGACAUAGCCUGGUUCGAAACUGAACAUCCGCUUCACCGCAGCACUAUAGCGGACGACUUUCCGGUUCUUCCUAAGAUCAUAUUCGGCCCAGAGAAAUCCUCCGUGGAGACCAAGGAGCCUGUAGACGUGGUCGCGAGAAAAGCUCUCAAUUUGAUCAGUCCGAGCGAGCCCAAGGAAGGAGGCCCAUCCGUAGCCCCGAAGGAUCUUCCAGUCGCUUACAAGGAACCACCACGCCGACCGUCUAUCCCAGUGGAAGAACCUGCGCUCAAAGAAGAACAGCAGCAGCAGCACACGCCGCCUAAUAUCCCCCAUUUCUCUCAUCUGUUUCAAGAUGGGAAAUUACCUGAUCCUGAAACACGCCUGAGCAAGUUGCUGAUAGCACCAUCGGAGCCAGCAGCUCAGCUCCCCGCCCUCCACCCAUCAACAACGGCGAGCUCCGUGAACCAUAAUCUGCCCUCUCUUUCAACGGCAUUGGCUGGUGUUACCGAUGUACCACCACCUGCUAGUGCCGGACGCUUGAAUGGCUCGUCUUUCGGCCCUUUGCCUCCAGUCUCAGCUUCUUCCCCCCCGGUGUCAAGGACAGAUCCUGUCUGGGAGCACCAACGCUUAGGCCAAAUUCCGCCUCCUCCGCCACAAGUCCCGCCCAGCCCCUACUCGCACUUGUCACCGGCAAGCUCGAAGGAUAUGUCGGCUAUGUCGUCGCCCGCAUCCCAGCAGGCUUACUGGCGGCCGCCUAUCAAGGCGGACAUAACGUAUCUCACUUCAACGUAUGAGACUGCACCGCAGACAGCCAAGAGCCCCGCAACAAGCUAUCCCACCCCGACAGAUCAGACUCCAGCAUCCACCUGUGAUCGGUCAUACAAUCCCCCCACGCAUCCGAACGGAGCGGUCUCCACAGGCACGUACAAGUGCCGUCACCCGGGCUGCACUGCAGCCCCGUUCCAAACACAAUACCUGUUGAACUCCCAUGCAAAUGUUCAUUCUCAGGAUCGUCCGCAUUUCUGUCCCAUAGCUGGCUGUCCGCGUGGACCCGGCGGGAAAGGAUUCAAACGGAAGAAUGAGAUGAUCCGACACGGCCUCGUCCAUAAUUCGCCUGGAUAUGUAUGCCCAUUCUGUCCAGACCAGCAGCACAAAUACCCUCGACCGGACAAUCUGCAACGACACGUCAGAGUCCACCACGUCGACAAGAGCCGAGAUGAUCCGGCUCUUAGGCAGGUUCUAUCGCAAAGGCCAGAGGGUAGUACGCGUGGACGCCGCCGUCGAAAUAAUGUUCCGUGAACCUACUACCCACAUAGGCCUCAUCAUCAUUUUCAUCAUCGGCUCAGCGAUAUGCUCUAAAAGUGCAGGUUACCAUUAUACGAUAUUGCAUUAGCGACAGCGUCCGUUCGCGUUGAUUUAUCCUGAGAUGAUGGAUUGACUUUCUCAAACAACCGUCCAUGCGGCGGUGUGAGGAUAACGCAGUCAAUUCUUUUAUCUGUUAUUAUCGACUAUCAUGGCAUUCAUGUAUACUGACUGCACAUGCAUUACGAACCUUCCCACUAACUAAGCAAUCCACCCAUAACCCCCUUCUUUUCCACAUCUAUUCGACUACCCCCUUUUCAGUGAUACCAGAUGUUGUUAGAGCCUUGAUCUACUUUUUAUUUACUUCGUUCAUCUUCCUGCAUUGCUCGCAUCAUGUCAUUCGCUUCUUGUGUUCGAAUAGUUUGAUUCCCCCGUUCGUCUUGCUAAGUAAUCUGGCGAAGUGUGCACGGGUUUGUACAAGACUUUGCUAGUGGGCGUUUUGCCGUGUUUCUUACUUGUUUCCCUCAUCUUCUCUUUACACCGUUUCACCCCUUUUUCAAUUCUUCAUCUUCAUCUUCGCUUCUGAUUUCCAACUACCCAAUUUGCGACCUUAUCUUUCUUUCCCCUUCGCUUCUUCCUCAGACUAUACAUAUAGGAGGUUCUGGCGUCCUCAUCUUCCUUUUUUCCCCCCCAAAUUU